AUGGAGAUCAACCCAGCUGUCACCUUUAAACACGACCGUUCUAUCAUGUACGCCAAACGGCCCAAGGUCCUUAUUGUAGGAGCUGGUCUGGGGGGACUUACCCUGGGUAUGCUCCUUCACAAGGCCGAUAUCCCUUUUGAUAUCUACGACAAAGUUCCAGAGAUCAAACCCCUCGGUGCGGCGAUGUACUUCAACUGCACGACUGUCAACCUCUUUAAGCAGUGUGGGAUCUAUGAAGAGUUUGCUGCACUGGGAAAAUGCGUUUCUGCGAUCAAGAUUUGUAAUGAGCAACGAGAGCUUGAGUUCUCUAUUGACUUUGAAGGGCACGAGCAAGAGUUUGGAGCAAAGGGCUACAUGAUCACACGUCCAGCACUGUACGGCCUGCUCAUGCGUCAGAUUCCCAUAGAACGCAUCCACCUUGGCAAAAAGGUCCUCACCAUGGACCAGGGAGGGAACGGUGUCCUUAUCCGCUUCAGCGAUAGGACAGAGGCUGAGGGAGACAUUCUUGUCGGAGCCGAUGGUGCAUACAGUGCCGUGCGCCAGGGGCUCUAUGCCAAGCUGAAGAAGGCUGGCACUCUCCCUCCAUCCGACUUGCUCCCUCUCCCUUUUAGCACGGUCUGCCUGGUAGGCCAAACUCGUCCCCUCACUCCAGAAGAGUUCCCUGAUAUCGCGCGGGAGCAGUGUCAAAUGCGCCGCACCAUUGGUACAGACAAGAUGUAUUCUUGGUCGACAUACAAUACCGCCCAGGGAACCAUGGCAUAUAUGGUCCUUCAAUUUCUAACAGAUGAAUCAAGCAAGGAAAACGAUGCUUUCCGUAAUUCGGAAUUUGGACCCGAGGCAGUGCUGGCGAUGUGUGAGGAGGUCAAGGAUUUCCCGGUCAUAAGUGGAGGUGACCACAAGUAUACUUUGGCCGACUUUUUUGCUUGGUCAAACAAGGAGCACAUCUCCAAGUUUAUGCUGGAGGAGAAGGUGCUCAAGACUUGGUACCAUUGCCGCACAGUUCUCAUUGGAGAUGGCAUGUCCUGGCUCAAGAACAUCUUAACCAACUUGCCUCUUUUCUACCCUUCCGAUUUUUCGUUCUUGCAGCUGAAUCCUGCCGGAGGAGUUGGCCCUGCGAACGCCGUCCAAGAUGCCAUGGUGCUCGCAAAUCUGAUCAACGGCCUUCCCUUCCACCCCAUCGCCGAGGAGAUCGAAGCGGCGUUCAAGGCCUAUCAGGAAGAGCGUAUGCCAUGGGUCAAGGAUGCACAUAAAAUCAGUCAAACUCACCGGACCAUGGUCGGACAGUCGUUCGCCUCAAAGUCAACUAGAUACGUCUCGAAGCAUAUCCCGCCAUGGCUUUUCAAUCGCAUCCAGGCGCGCGCAUUCAGUUAUCGUCCUCAGAUUGCGUUCUUGCCCCUUGCCGUGGAUAAUGGUCGUGUCCGCCCUGCUCAUCAACCCAGUUUGUCUGUCAAGGCACCCGUCAAGCUAGAAACUGUGACGACAUCGUGUAAAUAG